GAAGCCCACCAUGGUUGAAACUUGAAACUUGUCUUUUGCCAUCAAUGGAGAGGCACGCAUGUACAUAUUUGGCUCAAUCUUCCAUGACUCCUGAGAGGCAACAGGGCCUUCCUCCCUCUCCAAACGCCACACUCCUCUCCUACCAUUUAGCAUUCAUCAACCGCCGCCUCAUUUCCGUCUCUCAGGCCCCGUUUGAUUGCAAGGGGAAAUAUGUUGAGCUGGUGAAAAUCAUACGGGGAACGAAACUUUAAAGCGGUCAUUUCCUCUCUCGCUCUCUCGUUCCCUCUCCUCUUUCCCCCAACGUCGCCCGCUUGCAGCCCCAGGCUUUCAGGCACCAUCUUCAACCGGAAAUUUGAGUUUAUCCCUCUUGGCUGCUCCUUCACUCAAUUCCAUGGAGGAUAUGGAGACAUGGAUAAGUUGAAAACUUUGAGGCACGUUGAGACAGUUUCUCCUCUCCCUUUCCCCGCCAUGUCUGCCGUUCUCCUUCGUCAUGGUGUAUCUCAGCCCUCUCUCUUUCUCCACCCCUCCCUCUUCUCUUCCUACUCUUCACUGGACCAACUAAAGCUCCAAAACACGGCAAAAUUUUCAAGUUUCUGUGCCGUUAGAGCCUCCCCAUUUACGGAGAAGCAUUCAAUCGAGAGGUACCAACGAGAUGCAUGGCUGUACCAACAGCCAAUCCCGCAAGGCUCGUUGUCUCUUCAUUGCGAUUCGGAUUCCAUUAGGGAGAACGACAUAGCCCUACAACUCCCCGAAUUGAAGAAGCUGCUGGAGGAGCUCAAACAGAGGCGCGGCGAAGCUGCCGGUGGGGCGGAUGGAAGGGGGCCCGGAAACGUCUUCUUGGUGGGAACGGGGCCGGGCGAUCCGGAGCUUCUGACGGUGAAGGCGAUGAACGCCAUACAGGCGGCUGAUCUCGUCCUCUAUGAUCGUCUGGUUUCUAAUGAUAUAAUGGAUUUGGUUAGCUCUGACGCCAGGCUGCUGUAUGUUGGGAAGACGGCUGGUUAUCAUAGUAGAACUCAGGAGGAGAUACAUGAGUUGCUGCUGAGUUUUGCUGAAGCAGGAGCUAAUGUGGUGAGGCUAAAAGGAGGGGAUCCUUUGGUCUUUGGUAGGGGAGGAGAGGAGGUGGAUUUUUUGCAAAGGCAAGGAAUUCAUGUGAAGGUUAUUCCAGGUAUUACCGCUGCUUCUGGGAUAGCAGCAGAAUUGGGGAUUCCAUUGACACAUCGAGGUAUUGCUAACAGUGUCCAAUUUUUAACAGGGCACUCCAGAAAAGGAGGAACAGAUCCCUUGUUUGUAGCAGACCAUGUUGCUGAUCCCGACUCGACAUUGGUUGUAUACAUGGGGUUGUCCACUCUACCAUCGACUGCUAUGAAGCUGAUAUCCAAUGGCUUGGAUCCGAGCACUCCGUCAGCCGCAAUAGAGAGAGGAACUACACCUCACCAAAGGACGGUAUUUGCCGAACUGAAAAAUCUUGUGGACGAGGUCAAGGCCGCAGACUUGGUCUCACCAACGCUGAUCAUAAUUGGGAAGGUGGUGGCACUUUCACCAUACUGGCCAUUCUGUUCUAUUGAGCAACCUGUUCUUGAAGACCAACAGAAUCAGCCGCUGGGAUUAUGUUAGAGAGUGAUGUUGCUUCAUUUUUCCAUGAUUUCAUUCAUUGGGACCCUUUUACAAAAUGAAGGGUGGUGGUUUACGAGCGUUCUUGUGCUGUCCAACUUUUUUCCAAGAGAUAGGCGACAGUGAGACUCAGGUGAUCUGUAAAGCAUUUAGUGGAUGCUGCAUGAAGUCCAUUCUAUGUGAUUUCAGUGGCCUAUCAUAUGUUGGCAAAAGUUGGCUCAGAUGGGCAAUAUUGGUAAUUUGGUACCAAGAGUUGUAUUUUUCAAAUUAUGUUUAUAGAUUCACCGGAAAUUUUGAUGCAUAAGGAGGUUCUGGCUUUAAAAGUCGUCCUCAUCUUGUAGCACUUAUCACUGUAAGAUUAUUACAGGUGCUCCUUAAACCCGAUUUCGUUGUGUUCUUUAAUUACUUGGAACUGUGUGUGUGACUGUGUUGUAGGUUGCAUGUAACCGAUCAUCUUAUUAUGGAAUUACAAUUACUGUUUUCCAUGGUCGUGCUCUCUUAUGCAGAAUCGUAAAUUCCAUUUUGUUUGAGAAUGAAUUCCACCGAAUUGUACGGGAAACAGGGAAAAAGCUUCUUGAUCGUUUGGUAAAUGUGUUUACUAUUUCAUGAUUCUACUUUAAAAAAUAAAAUAAAUUCAUGAAACACUUGUGAUGAUUUUCUUUAAAGGGCCCAUUUGAUGGGCUGGAAAAAUCCUGUAGCUCAGGAAAAAAAAUUAAAUUUUUUAAAAUUUUUCCAGUUUAUCAAACACAGAAAUAUUCUUUUGCCUGUUGAAGGCGUUUCCGCAAAAAAAUUUCCGGAAACAUCUUUCCACAGGGAGAGGUGGAGAAAUGCUUCUGGAAAUAUUUUUUUGCCCGUUAGGGCAUGCGAAGGCGUCUCCUCGUGCUCAGCUCGUCCUCAGCUGCUUCACCCCACCCGCCAGAGAGAGGAACGCUGCUCCUGCUGCUGCUGCCUUCUCUCCCUGCUGCUGCCUCGGACGCAUCCGUUGGUCCUCCCGCCCUCUCACUCUCCUGCUGUGUAAGGAAUCCUUUCUCUCUGUCUCUUUCCCCUUCCUAUCUGCGUCUCUCUCUUUUUUCUCUCUGUCGAUGGAUGUCGAUCCACUCGAGCUGUGCUGUAUAAAUACCCAUGCGAAGAGAUGGUAUCCCCAUCGAAGGAAUUCGACUGUGGAGCAGGAAUUGAGAGCUCUUCUUUCUUUCCUAUCUCUGUCUCUGUUCACUCUUUUGUUGUUGUUGGUGUACUCUUGCUCUCCUACCUUUCUCUUGUUCUUCCUGUCGUUGGGGUGUUGAAGGGAAAUGGCUACCGCUGGUCAAGUCAUCUGUUGCAAAGGUAACAGGAAGCUAUUUCAUAUGAAAGUGUUUCAUCCCAUUUCUUUGUCCCCACAACUCUCUCUCUCUCUCCGUUCUGCUGAUGGAUGGUCGAGGGAUGAUCCAAUUUUUGUUGGUCUGCUAUUUCAUGAAUUCAUGGGGAUUCUGACAGAAAACCCGUGUUUCCUUUCUGGAAGAUGUAAAUGAAAAGUUGCAAAAUUUGCUGUUUGCUUUUUUCCUUGUUUGGUUGCCAACAUAUUGGUGAGUUUGGAAGUUUAGAAUGUUUCCAGGAAAAAGGGAAAACGUACUUGACAGAUCUCCUUCUCCUGAUCUUUGUGUUCUGCUUCUUGGUUUUGUGCCUGAUCUCUCUCUUUUUUGUGGCUAUGGGUGUUUUGGUUCAGCUGCUGUUGCCUGGGAGGCAGGGAAGCCAUUGGUGAUCGAAGAGGUCGAGGUGGCACCACCCCAAGCCAUGGAGGUCAGGAUAAAGAUCCUCUUCACUGCCCUCUGUCACACUGAUGUGUACUUCUCGUAAGCAAAGGUGUUUGAGCCACUGUUAAUGUGGCUCCGCCAAAGAAGGGUCAAAGUGUGGCUGUUUUUGGCUUGGGUGCUGUAGGUUCUUGGAUUUCCUAAAAGCUCUGCAGGUACAUGUCCUUUUAUCUCCUAGAUAUGAUAUGCCUUUCUUUUGCAACUUUUAGGCUGCUGAAGGUGCAAGGGUCGCCAGAGCUUCACGAAUUAUUGGAGUUGAUCUGAACCCCAACAGAUUUGAAGAAGCGAAGAAAUUUGGUUGCACAGAGUUUCUGAACCCCAAGGACUAUGAUAAACCCAUUCAAGACGUCUGCUUCUAGACAAACCAGCUUUAGAGGAAACUUGUGAUUGCAGAAAGGACCAAUGGUGGGGUUGACAGGAGUGUUGAGUGCACAGGGAACAUCAAUGCCAUGAUAUCAGCCUUUGAGUGUGUUCAUGAUGUGAGUGGUGUCCUACACAUUCUUGCAUUUCUGAGGGAUGGGGUGUUUCCGUUCUGGUUGGUGUCCCACACCAAGACGCAGCAUUCAAGACACACCCCAUCAAGUUCUUGAAUGAAAAAACACUGAAGGGAACGUUCUAUGGUAACGACAAGACACACACUCACAUCGCCCGGGGUGGUUGAGUUAUACAUGAAGAAGGAGCUGGAGUUGGACAAGUUCAUCACUCACGAAAUUCCAUUCUCUGAAAUCAUUAAGGCCUUUGAUUUGAUGCUGAGUGGCCAAGGCAUUCGUUGUGUGAUGACCAUGGAUUCUUGAACGAAGCAACUGAGAAGGGAAGAAGGAAAAGAAGAAAAACAGGAGAUGCGUCUGUUUGUGCUGGUUUUCUUGCAGCUUUACAGUGUUUGCCUUUAUUUUUUGUCUUCGUAUAAGUGAGUCCAGUCCUUGUUCUUUUGUACACGGUGUGAUGAUCCGAAGAGAAAAUCUGUAUUGAAUCUUCUGUUGCAUUUUUGACGAAGUAAGUAUUUAUAAAAUUUUUGAGAGUU